AUGGAGCAUAUCGCCCCAGUCACGCAUCCAGCCCCGGAGCUGGAUGUGGUAACCGAACAGCAGAUGCGCAAGUCCUCGGUCGCACCCAGUGAGAAGCCCCAGGUCAUGGAGCGCACGUGGGGUUUCGCCGCGCGUACCGACAGCACCGUGACGUACGAGGAAUACGUCUACUGGGCCAAGAUCGAGCGUGAGAUGGAGAUUGAUGAGAACAAAGUGUUCCAGGCGGAGCAUGGCUCUCCUCUCCGCAACUCGAUAAAGAACGCCUUUUCAAAGUCUGGCCGAAAGAAGGCGAAGGCAGAGAAGGAGGCCAGACUUCAGACCUUGGCACAACUCGACGAGAAGCAGCCAACGGGCGUGGUCACUGAUGUUAACAACGGCGGCUCUGUUGACUCGGCGCUGAGGGUGACAGACGCAGAAUGGCGUACUGCUGCUCGUGCACUCCGCACCGCCAGCUGGGGCCAGAUGUUCUUCCUCAUCACCACUGAUAUUCUUGGUUGGUCAGGUGCACCGUUUGUCUUUGCCAGUGUAGGCUACGGCACCGGCGUCGCCCUCUAUCUCAUCUUCGGCAUCUUCGCGGCCUGGGGCGGCUGGGUCAUCUGGAAGACUUUCCUGGAUCUCGACUCGUCUCGCUACCCCAUGCAGAGCUUUGGUGAUCCAUUCUUGCGCCUCUUCGGCGUGAGGAUGCGACAUUUCAUCAACGUCGCCCAAUCUCUCCAGCAGUUUUUCACCGUGGCCAUCUUGAUCUUCAGCAAGGCUUUGAACAUUGAGCAGAUCGCCCACUCGAGCGUGUGCUUCGUCGCUAUGAUGGUUGUCAUCAUGGUUGUCGGGAUGCUUGGAGGAUUCAUUCGAAGCUUGAGAAAGAUCGGAUGGAUCUCGAAUGCCGCCGUGUGGAUGAACAUUGUGAACUUCAUUAUCUGUAUGGUGGCUGCCUCACACUUCGCACCUUAUUACCCAGCCAUCACAAAGUCUACGCUUAUCCAGACCAUUCAGCCCAUCAAAGUCUUUGCCGGCAUCCCACCGGACGAGUACCAACAGCAAUCUCCCGGUUUCGCCGCCACAUUCAACGCGGUCAACACCAUGGUCUACGCCUACGCGGGCGCCCUCCUCUUUGUCGCCUUUCUCGCCGAGAUGAGACACCCGCUCGACUUCUGGAAGGGCAUGUUCCUCGCUCAGGCCUUCAUUUGCCUCGUGUACAUGUUCUUCGGCGUGUUCGUCUACUCUUUCUACGGGCAGUACUCGGCCAACAACAUCGUCAACGUGGUCAACCCGUACGGGCUGCAGACGGCCGGGAACAUCCUGCGCCUGCUCUCCGGCUGGAUCGCCAUCAUCAUGUACUUCAACAUCGGCAUGAAGACUGUGUACCUGGAGGUGUUCCAGGCCAUCUUCAAGUUCCCGUCCAUCGUGGAGAAGAAGGGCAAGAUCCUCUGGUACCUGCUGGGCCCGUGCUACUGGAUUUUGGCGUUUAUCGUCGCCGGCGCCGUCCCCAACCUCAACGGCAUCGUCAGCUUCGUCGGCGCCGUCUUCAUGAUGAACUUCACCUACACCUUCCCCGGCAUGAUGUACCUGAGCAGCACCAUCCACAAGGCCGCCGAGCUCCCCGGGGAGGGCUUCAACCCGGCCACGCGCGAGACCAUUCGCCACGACGACGGCCUCAAGCGAUGGAUCCGAGGCUACAAGAAGACCUGGUUCCGGAGCACCGUGGCACUGAUUUACGUUCUCCUCGGCCUUGCGUGUUGCGGAAUGGGUACCUGGGCCGCUAUUGAGGGGUUGAUUGCCGUCUUCGGCCCAGGUGGAACCGUCGCCGUCAGCUUCGGAUGCCCCGUGCCCGUGUAG